GCAAAACUCGUCAAGGACAAGAUCAGUGUGGCGAUUGACGAAGAUCCUGUGCCCACGCGUGCCCCUGUCUCCUUGCUUACGCGGCUGUGUCCACGGAAUUCCUUAGCUAUUGAUACAGUUGAGGAAAAAAAUAGAUUGAGUUCACAGCAGUGAGGGAUAUUAAGGUGACAGAGGACAUAACGCAAACCACUCUCGGUCAUCAUGAGCACCCUUACCGUGACCUCUCCUCCCCCCGCCCUGUCCAUCGGAGGGGGUCAGGCAAGGCCAGUACUGACCCUGGCGAACCUAUGUGCUGGAUUGCCCGUCAACCCCCUGCCGCCCCCACGCCCACGAGACGAAAAUGUCCCUCACGCGCCCGUCCGCACCCAUAACCUCUCCAAAGAACAACAGCAGCAAGCCGUCAGCAACGCCCUUCGCUACUUCCCCGCGGAGUGUCAUGAGGACCUCGCCCCAGAAUUCGCCAGGGAACUGAGGGACUACGGGCAUAUUUACAUGUAUCGUUUUAUGCCCAACAUCAACAUGAGGGCCUACCCCAUCGAGCAAUACCCAGCCAAGACGGUGAAAGCGGCGGCUGUCAUGCACAUGAUCAUGAACAACCUGGACCCUCUCGUGGCCCAGUUCCCUCAGGAGCUGGUCACCUACGGCGGAAACGGCCAGGUGUUCUCCAACUGGGCGCAGUUCUGGCUGGUGAUGCACUACCUCUCCGAGAUGAGCGAGACCCAAACGCUGGUGCUGUACUCGGGCCAUCCCCUCGGCCUCUUCCCCUCGGACCCUCGUUCCCCGCGCCUCGUCAUCACCAACGGAAUGGUCAUCCCCAACUACUCGUCCCGCGCCAACUAUGACGACAUGUUUGCGCUCGGGGUCUCCAUGUACGGGCAGAUGACGGCGGGGAGCUACUGCUACAUCGGGCCCCAAGGGAUCGUCCACGGCACCACGCUGACGGUGCUGAACGCGGGCCGGAAGUACCUUCAGCUGGACAGCCUGUCGGGGAAGGUGUUUCUGACCUCGGGCCUCGGGGGCAUGUCGGGGGCGCAGGCAAAGGCCGCUGUCAUCUGUGGCUGCAUCGGCGUCGUCGCAGAGGUUAGCGAGGAAGCUUUGAAGAAAAGACACGAACAAGGAUGGUUAAUGGAAUACACUGAUAACCUGGACACCCUUAUACGCAGGAUAAGGGAAGCAAGACGCAAGAAGGAGGUGACCUCCAUCGGUUUCCAUGGCAACGUCGUGAGCGUGUGGGAACGGCUUGUGCAGGAAUACGAGCAGAGCGGAGAGCUCCUGGUGGAACUGGGUUCGGACCAGACUUCGUGUCACAAUCCUUUUAGUGGUGGCUAUUAUCCAGUCCAAUUGUCCUUCAAGGAGGCUCAGGAGAUGCUGGCGCGGAAGCCCGAGCGAUACCGGGAGCUGGUGCAGGAAUCUCUGCGGCGUCAGGUGUCAGCCAUUAACAAGUUGGCUGACGUCGGUCUGUUCUUCUGGGACUACGGAAACGCCUUCCUGCUGGAGGCUCGGAGGGCGGGAGCGGACGUGGGCGGAGCCAAGGGGGCGGACGCGAUCAAGUUCAGAUAUCCGAGCUAUGUCCAGGAUAUCAUGGGGGAUAUCUUCUCGCUGGGCUUCGGACCGUUCAGGUGGGUGUGCACGUCCGGCGACCCUGAAGAUCUCGAGAUAACAGACCAGCUCGCCUGCACUGUUUUGCAAGCCAUCUGUGACGAGGGCAUCCCGGAGCGAACCCGCCAGCAGUACCAGGACAACAUGACGUGGAUCCGCGAGGCAGGCCGCCACCGUAUGGUCGUGGGAAGCCAGGCCAGGAUACUUUACUCGGACCAAGUAGGACGCGUCAGGCUGGCCCAGGCCUUCAACGAAGCCGUCAGGACACACAGGCUGAAGGGUCCUGUGGUAAUUAGCAGAGAUCACCAUGACGUCAGCGGCACGGACUCGCCCUUCAGGGAGACGUCCAACGUGUACGACGGAUCCGCUUUCUGUGCAGACAUGGCGGUGCAGAACUUCAUCGGCGACGCCUUCCGCGGGGCGACGUGGGUGGCGCUGCACAACGGCGGGGGCGUCGGCUGGGGCGAAGUGAUGAACGGAGGCUUCGGGCUCGUGCUUGACGGGACGGAGGACGCCCACUACAAGGCCACGCUCACGCUCAACUGGGACGUGUCCAACGGCGUGGCCAGGAGAGCCUGGAGCGGAAACGACAACGCCGAAGCCACCAUCGCUCGCUCGAUGACCCAAGACAGCCGCCUCAAGGUCACGCUGCCCCACCACGCCGACCCAGCCCUCGUCGCCAGGGCAACCGCUGACCUCUGACCUCCUCCGCUCCUGAUGACGUCAUGGAAACUGGAUAUUGGGAAGGGAGGAUUGGGUAGAUCAGAAAGUGAAUGAGAGAGAGAGAGAGAGAGAGAGAGAGAGAGAGAGAGAGAGAGAGAGAGAGAGAGAGAGAGAGAGAGAGAGAGAGAGAGAUAGAGAGAGAAGGAGA